AUUUCAUGAUCAGUGACGAAUGACACUCUCGGACGGCACUGACGUAAAUUCUUGGGAAACAACGACUUGACUUUCUAAUCAGGUACUUGUGUGGGUGAGAGAAUGAUCUCAAGUCUGCCUGAAAGUGUUUCUCCACCCGCGCCUUUUCGGUAAGAAAAACACUCAUUCACAACCACGUCUGUAGCCGACGUCUUCAAGCUCCGUUCAAAAGGAUUAAAAGGAGUCAUACUUUCAACGUAGAAAUCAUUCAAAAUCGUUUAUUGACGUUUGCUGUCUUUUCACGCAACUGGAAAUUAGUUUCAGAUCUUCUCUCCAUUCAUUGAGAAUAUGACAAUGUCUUGCUGACUAUCAAAGCGUAAUGUGGAUUAUCUAUUUAUUUAUUCAUCUCGAGUACAAUUUGACAACAUUUUAGACACUGGAAAUUUUGAUUUUCACGGUCCUGAUAAAGAGAGUGGAUUCCAAAUGUUGUUAUUGUUAUGGUAGAAGUAAGUGAGCUGGAAUUUAAUCAACAUCAGACUGACUAUUUCACGAGGUUAAUGUCAUAUUCUCUUUAAAUCUUGGAUUCGUUUCUGUCAAUAUUGUUUAGCAGUGACUUCAUUUCACAAUAAUGGCGGCCGUUGCAUGCAAUAGCCUCGCGGGGCAACUAGCCCUUAGCUAUUCUCAACCUCUUCUGAAAUCGCCCUACUAUCCGGAUAUCUACACUGUCAAGGAGGAGAUAGAUACUAACUCUAACCAUGUAGCAAAGAAAAACGAUGUGUUUAAGCAAAAAAGUGCAUCACUUCACCGCGGCACCGUUCGCUUUGUUCAGCUAGCCUCCUCGGAUUUAUCGACAACCAGCGACCUGUCGAACUCGAAGGACUCGGGGAUCGGGUCGAGCGACGACAACAACAGUCAGGGUGAGACACCGAUCACCAGGGACGACCACCGACCCGAGAACGAUGCGGAGGAUGAUGAGGAGCGUGUCAAGUUCAUGGAGACGGCGCGGGAAUUUACGAAUGCCAAUGUCGAGGAGAUGACGUGGAAGGAGAGAGGGAAUAGAAUGGACAACUGCUUAGGUUGGCUACGAGAAGAAAUUACCAAAAUGAAGAAACAAGAUCAGAGUCUGAUGCGGCAAUUCAUGGAACUUCGUUCGACCAUUCACCAGCUCAAGCAGUCAAGUACCCAGCAAAGUCUAAGAGCAACUUAUCUACGCAACCAAGCAUCGUGCGCGAAUCUUGGGGCAUCCGACCAAUCAGCGCGCAGUAACACAACUUCCCGCCAAUCAAAUUCGCACAUGCGGAGCAAUCUCCGCCCCCUCGGCGCAGCCAGCCAGUCAUCGACGAGUGGCAACCUGUCAUCCAUGCAGUUUCAUUCACGCGGGAAUCUCAAUCACAUGCACUCCGCCAUGGACGCGAGUCCAAAAAUGGCACAGAGCCUUGCGCAUCUGGAGGACACAAGUUUCGACAUGGACAGUUACUUCGGCGAUGUCGAUUUUGAGCACGAUUCUUUUUACGACGAUGACGACUCCGAUGCUUUUAUCGAUCAACCGGAUGGUAUGUCACCCGGUCACAUCUCUGUGCUAUCGGAUCAGCCAUACAUGCCGCAGUACCGUACACGGACUGUUUCAUUGGUGACCCCGCAUUACAUAGGUCGUCCAUGCGCGUCCGGCUACCUUGCAAGGUCGAGAUAUAUGUCAUUUUCAAACGCCAAAGGAAGAGUGGAAAGCGAGAGAGCAAUUUUAGAAUGAAACAUGGAAAUGUGCUCAUAAAAAGACUUGUAAAUAUUUGAUAAUGAUGUAUUAGCUUUAUGAUCGUUAUGAUGAAUAACGGAGAAGCAAUAGAGUUAGCAUUAUUUCAGCUCAUUAAUUAUGUAGGUGAAAUAUUUUCUUGAGAAUUUUAUGGCUUAGGCUUAAUUACAGAAUGUAUUGCAAUUCUUGUUUAAACAAGAAUUAUUUCACACAUUCAUUAUCAGUCCGUUAAUGUAAAAGCCUCCCAUAAAAAUAAAGAUAAAUAUUCAAAAGACGCCAUUGAUAUACAAUGUUUGAAUGUCUUUGGUUGUUAUAAGAUGCAAAAACUCGUUGACUUUUUAUACGGAUCCAAUGUUUACGUAAAAACUGAAAUAUAGCACAAGCCUCCCAAGAACCAUGAGUCUUUUCCUUGCUUGAGCAUGCUUGGGUUCUGCUGUCAUAUACCAGGAAUAAUUUAAUAUCCAACUAUCUCUUUGUCAGUCCGUGCAAUUGAAGAACUUUGGCCUUUUGGUAUUCGAAUGAAAAACAAUAUCCACAAUUUCGGAAAAAAUGUGGUGUUUUAUUUUUUAACAUUAAUAUUCUUGACAUACUUGCACGUUAUGCUUUAGAUUUCAUUUUAAUGUAUACUGCCAAUGGAAAUGAAUCUAUAGAUAUCCUCUUAAGUUAUAUAGAAUAGGAAUCAGUGUAUAUGUAUCUACGUAUACUAUAUUGAUACUGGUUUUAACGGGUAUUUGAACACAGUGGCUGUUACAUUAUCUUGACCUACUAUGAUCAUCCUCCAAUUUGCAUGUUCUGGGGAGCAUUUCAUCAACAUUUUUUGUCCGAAAAGUUGUCGGAUCUGACAAUUUUCCAUGUUUCUGCUUGGCUGACAGAUACCGUUACAAUAGUGACUUUCAGAUAAAACAAGACUUGUCGGAUAAAAUGUCCGACUUUUAUGAAA